ACUGUUGAUUCCCUGUCGAAUAUGCUAGUUUGACUGAUUUAUGAAUUGUAUUCAUUUCUAAGUGAGUUUUCCAUUGUGCAGAUUGACUGUGACAAAACAAUUAUGGUGACAUUGAAGCAUGAUGACAAAUUGCAGGAAGGUUCAGAAUGUUCUUUUCAGUCUGCCGUUCUUUACACUACCAUUGAUGGCCAAAGAAGAAUCCGAGUGUCAACUUUGGCUCUACCUUGCACAACUAUGUUGAGUAAUCUGUUUCGAUCAGCUGACUUGGACACCCAAUUUGCUUGCAUCUUAAAACAAGCUGCCAGUGAAGUACCAACCGCUCCUCUCUCACGGAUCAGAGAACAAGUGACAAACCUUUGCAUCAACAUUCUGCACUCUUACCGUAAAUAUUGUGCCACAGUGUCAUCCUCGGGACAACUUAUUCUUCCUGAGGCACUUAAACUUCUUCCUCUUUACACACUGGGUAUAUCUUGCCUUCCUUUUUCCCAAGCCCUUCAUUUCCAAAUGAUUUGACAGUGUUGGUUUAUACAUGCAGUGCAAUUUUAAAAUAUUUUUCUUGCAUUAUUUCCUCUUCUUCUCCUUGUAUCACCUUCCUCCUUAUGUUCCUUUUGUUGCUAUCCGGUGUAUUAUAUGAGUUGAGUUGAUGUAAAUGAUAUGAGGGAAAG